AAAUCUCCACCAUGGGGAUAUGACACGUUCGGAUCUCUACCGCCAGCGCUCUUGAUAAUUCCCCAGAAUACUUGCACAAACACAGCAAUAAAAUCGACGAGUAUUCCUAUCACGAUGCAAGUAGACGAAGCUGAGAACGGCAAUGGAGACACGAUAGUCCAUACGACGCCAACUGGCCAUCGCACGGAUCCAGUAUUAGGUUCAAUGCCUUCACCCGUAAUACCAACAGCCGAUGCUGUAAAAACGAACACAGCGAAUACCACGUCACCGGAAAGCGUGGCUGCAGCACCAGAUUCGCCGGCAGAGUCUGCGACCAAGAUCGUGACGGCACCCGAACAAGAGUCCCCCGAUAGCAGCUCGCUGGACAAACCUGUUGGUGUAAACAAACGCAUCGAUCACCGCAAGCUCUUCCAGGACUGCAUUUCUGUACGGAUUCCUCUCCAUGCCACGGCUGAUCUUGGUGUCGCUGUCAAGCGUACCCGUACCAAGCGCGUGAAAGCCUUGCACGCGGCCUUUCCGACUCUCCGACCGAAACAGCCGACGUCGGCAGAAGUCUCGGACACGAACCAAAAUACACCCACAGAUGACGGGAAAGGAGAAUCCGUCCUCGAGAGAGAUGAUCCCAACGAACCGAAAAAUGCCAAAAAGAAAUUGAAACAUGUUCCUCAGCCCCACGAAUUCGCCAGUGUUCUGGACUAUUUGGAAGCCAAAUACGUGCAGGGUGUGAUGGUGGACGAUGAAGAGGCAACUCCUGGAGGAGACGGCACUGGUGAAGAUGAAGAGGACGAUGAGGGCCAAGGAUCGGUAUAUUCCCAAACAUCGUUUUUGGACGAUACGGAUCUGCGACGCAACGUGGCGGAACAAGUAUUGGCCAAUACAACCACGACUAAACUGGAAUUACAAGGUGACGAAGAUGGGGAAUUCUUCGUCAACGUGGGGAACUUGGAAGUCGAAGAAACAGAACUGACAAAGGAUCAGUACGAUCCCUUGCAAGAUACUAAUGAUGCAAAAUCGACCAAACGGAAACGAAAAAAGCUGGUAAAGGAGACAGUAAGCAACGGCAACGGAGCGAAAUCGCUCAAAAAGACCUCUGUCAAAUCGACGCCGUCUUCCACUUCACCCAAGAAAAAGGCCAAAGGAAAGGAUGAAGGUGGCGGGCCACCAAGCAGUGGCAAAGCUUCGACUGGCUCAAAUGAAGACGUGGCGCUUUUGGAGAUUACGGCGGCCGACAAAAGAGCAACAGUGGACUCCCUGUUCGAGACACUUGUGGACUUGGUAAACGAAUCUACGGAAGAUGAACUUCCUCGGCAAAAACUCAAAGACAAAGUAGCCGUUACAUGCCCUGUGGACAAAAACCCGGGUGACUCUAUUCUUUUCAGCAAUCCACACGUCCCCGGACAACGCCUCAAAGUCAAAAUUCCUAAAAAUACCAAACCUGGCGGUACGUUUAAAGUUACUGUGCCCGUUGCACCACCAUUGGAUGACGAUGAUACAGACCACAACAAAUUGACGCGGACUUUUCACGACACCUUGGACGAUUUUUCACGAGCGUACGACGAAUGGUGUGACAUCAAGGGUGAAAUUUCCAAGGUAGGCGGGGAUGAAGAUUUUGCGAUCCAUACGGAAAAGCGCAACAAAUUCGACGACUUGGCCAAAGCUUUCCCCAAGGAUCUGAAGACACCCGUUGACAAGGGAUAUUUACAAAAGCUUUUACGACGAGCACGACAGAAUCGCUAUAAACGGGAGUUGACAGCUCAGAAGCAUGCCGCGGCCAUGAAAGCCGACGAAGAUGCGGCGAAAAGAGAGUCAUCGCCCAAAAAGAAAAAGGCCAAACUAGAAGUGACGUCGCCCGCGAAGAAGAUCCGCUACCAACUAUGA